GCUAGUUGAAGCAUGAGUAUCCUACGCGUUAGAUAAGUUAAACGGCCGUCAUUAAGCUUUUCGAGAAGAUUUUAACCGUUUGUAAGCAAACGCACUUGUAUUGCGACAAUCAGUAUGAUCGGUGCCACUGUUACACUUGAGUGCUUACCUCACUCCGAUAACUUCAAAGUUGUAAGAAUAAUGGGGUUCGGCGCAAGCAAAAGUGCUCAGCGCAUCCAGAAACUUACGCCAUUACAUCAGUGAGUUGACGCAACUAAAGCACAGAAGUGCUACCGAUCACCUGAUGCGAUAUCUUUUAGUUUUCUCGGUUAUUUCCUUUGAAAUGAUGGUUUGUGUGAACAAAGCUAUCAUGUAGCGAAAACAUUUGAUGCACCGCAAUUUUCUUACUCCCAUCUUAAUGCCACGACGUUCACGUUGCCAGUAUCCACUUUGUAUUUUGACAAAAGUGCAAUAGACAACCGCUUUCAAUGUUAUAUUCGGGGUCCCAAGUUGGCUUACAGCUCGAAUGAAGCAGAAAUCUAGUCGCAACACAAUUAGAGUACCCUUUUUGCUUCAAAGCUACGACAUGGCAAGUACUGAUCAAUGCUGUCCGUGCUUCCGCAUCUGCGUCAGAUACUAGGAGCACUCGAGCACGACUCUGUGGUAUGUUAUCUCGUUAAUUUCAUGCCCUGCUGCAAUUUUCUUUGGAUAAUUUCGAUGCACGGAGAUCUCGUGAAUCGUACCCUCUGCAUCGAGGGAUUGUGCAAUAGCUGUAAAAGCACCUUGUGGAAUAAAGUGUGGGUAAAACACCGCUUACAGCUCGAGUUAUUCGAAGUUGUCAUAGCCUGAUUCCAUCGUCUUUA